CCGACCUCAGCAACCCGAUAAUUCGAAAUUUUGGGGCCUGGGUCCGCUCAUCGGCUACAACAUUCAUUCCAACGCAAUCGCCACAGCAGCAAACAACAUAUAUAAUAAUUUAAAUCGUUUUCCUUAACUGUAUUCAAAAACCAAAUCACAAUGGGAGAUGAAGGAGAAGGAGAUGCGCCAGCAGGAGCACCAGCAGCGCCUGAAACCACCACCCCGGCAGCAGACACGACCACCGCUGGUGCCCAAAUGAUGUUGAACACCCCAUGGCUGACGGCCGCUGCCGUGGCCUUUUAUGCCACAAAAGCCAUGUGGGUCAAGUUCCGGGAGAUCGGCCUGGCCAAGCAGAAAAAGCGCCAUCAAAAGCUUCGCGCCGAUCAGCCGGACAACAAAGCUGAUCAUUUGGAUGGUUUGGAGACAGUUGCGGAGGCGGAAGCCGAAGAUGAGUCUGAGGACGAACCGGACGCAAAUUUUACACCAAAGCAUCUAAGUUCCCAAGGACUGGAUGUUGUCAAAAACAAUCGAAUCGAAAUACUGCCCGUUAAGUUAUAAUAGUUAUUAUAAAUCAAGACACAGAGGAUGAAGAGACCCUGCCAAAACAUCAUACAUUUUUUUUGUUCAUCACAAGAUUGCGACGUUAACAAGGAUGAAGAUACUUCUAGAUAUGGGACACUCACGGAUAUAGACAUCAACACCGAUUAUGACACCGAUUAGUUGUAAUGCUUGCGAAUUUAAGUAGGGGAGGAUCUCACACCUGACUGAAGACUUCCCGACCACAACUAAACGGGACCUAUGCAAAUUAUUUAUCCAUUAUCAAAAUUCUUAGUGAAUAUUCAAAAUUUUCUGUUUCAAAAUUUUUUAUUUUUUAAGCUACGAUGACAAGAAUACCCGUUUGGUACGUUUUUUAGACAGUUAUGUAUAGAAAUUUCAAAUAAAUAAGUGGAUAAUAUAUUUUGCUAA